UUGUUGCUUGCUUGUUGUGCCGUAGCCGACAGCGCACCUCGUGGCAAGUGCUGCUCAGGGCCUCGUGGCGGGGCUUGGAAUCACUGGUGCGCUGCUGUUUAUUACUCUAUUCGUUCUGUCCCUUCGCUGGCUCAAGGGGGUCAGCCUUUCUGACCCCGCCUGCCUGCCAGCUGCCGCCCCGCCCAGCGGUGGCAGCAUCUAUGUGUUGAGGGUUCACGCGGAUGCCAAUCCCUCCUUGACCGUGCGGUAUCGAACAUGAGAUUCUCCGAGCGCGCCUCGCUAACCAACCCUACGAAGCAGACGCUCCCCCGCCCCGUCGACGUCAUCGUGACGGUGCUGCUCCCGUGGCUGAUCUUCAGUCUUAUCGUCUCUCUGCUGGUCUUCGCGUACGAGGACUACGGCCCGAUCGUGUGGGCGCUGGUCGUGGUCUGCCUGCUCCUGUCGCUGCUGUUCGUGACCACGGGCGUGGCCGUGAAGCGCCCGCUGCAGGUGGCGCUCGGGCUCCUGGUGCUGACAUCGGUCGGCGUGUCCAUCCCCGUCGGCUUCUGCAUCGAGAGCGAGUUCAUGGUCGACUUCUGGCGCGUCGACAACGGGGCGUCUUACAAGCAGGUGAGCGCGUCGGACCCGGCGGUGGCCCGCUCCGACGCCGCGGUGCUCGAGUUCGUGGCGGGCACGAGCGUGGACGCCAAGAGCUCGGUCGGGUACAUGAAGCGCGGCACCGUGUACUGCGUCGCGCCCGUCGUGGGCGCCGCGGCGUCGGACGCGGGGCCCGGGUACUGGGCCGCCGGCACCGACUGCUGCGAGCAGAGAGGGGGGUUCUCGUGCGGCGACGUGAAGGACCCGCACGCGCUGACCGGGGUGGCGAUCCCCGACGAGGAGGGCCACUUCGCCACGGCCGUGAGGGCCGCCGUGUCGACGCACGGCCUCACGGAGCCAUCCGGCAAGAUCAUAUUCCUGGACUGGACGGCGAGCGGGCCGAAGUACAAGGAGGGCCUCUGGACCAACGCGGCUCUCUUCGUCAUGGUGUCCUCCACCGUCCACUUCGGCAUAUCCGCCUGCGGAGGCAUCUUCGCGGCACGAGCGAAGCUGUGAGAGGCCCCGUCGCGCCGCAGCAUCAGAGGCGGCCUCCCGCGACAGGGCCAGCGGAGCGAGCGCCACCGCCUGGUUAGGGAAGGCGCGCGGCUCGCCCUCCGUGCCCCAUCGGAGCUCAGAGCGUUGCGGCUGGCCGCGGCCGAAAAAGCUGCGCGCGCAUCCUGG